GUGGUACAUGUUUUUGAUAAAUCAUGAUUCAUAAUGAGAAUAUUGAAAUGCUGAUCUCUGUGUAAUAAGUGAGUCAACUCAACUGGUUCCCUGUUAUGUGGUCCAUCCACCCACAGUCCCACACAUAAUCUAAUUCCGCAGAAACUGACAGGUAGGUUUCUAAGCUUUCAGAAACGGGAAUUAAUUUAAACACACAGUAGGCCAGUGGUAAGCGGUUGAGACCAUGCAAGCCCCCAACCACUUCCAGGCGGUCAACCUCCUGACCCAGCAGCCCAACGUCCCCCCACCUGCCCGGUCCCGGUACAGAAAGUUCGACAUCUACCGAGAUGUUGGCCAGUUUCGCUUCAUUGAUGAACAUGCUAUUUCUGUGGCCAGCAAAGAUCACAAGACCUUUCGGGAUUUGAUAUGGCACUUGGUUUACAGUCAGAACUACCAGUCUGACCUGGACAAGGCCAGGGCAAUUUUCAGAUGGAUGACUUGCAAGAACAUGUACACAAUUAGUUUUGCCAAUGCGCCCAAGGGAUCUCCAGAAGAAGUCCUGGAGUCCUUCAAAAAUAAGAAAGGGACGUACGCCAGAAUUUAUGAAACACUUUGUGGGUAUGCUGGUUUGUUCUGUACUGUGCUGACGGGCUUCGCGAAAGGUUUGGACUACCGACCAGGCGACAAGUUUAAAGGGACGGAAUACAACCACAGCUGGAACGCGGUGUACAUAGAUAACAACUGGUAUCUAGUGGACUCUCACUGGGCCACGAGAUACCUCAUCUCCGAGAAGAACAUGCCGGAAAACCUGGUGUAUGAAUACGAUGACUUCUACUUCAUGACUGACCCCGAGCAACUGAUUUACAGUCACUGGUCACAGCGAGAGAAAUGGCAGCUUCUGUCACGGCCCCUAAGUCUGGCCGAGUUCGAGGAUCUUCCCCUUGUCAAGUCCUACUUUUUUAAAUGUGGAAUGUACUUCAUGUCCCAUCAGAAAGGAGUGGUCCCCACCCAGAAAGGGAAAAUUGCCAUCACUGUUGGUUUUGUAAAACCCACUAACUUCACCUAUAAGAUCGUAUUUGCGGAAAAUGGAGAUGAAACUUAUAAAGGACAGAAGCUGAAAAGUUAUGCCUUGCAGGAGACGUCUUACAAUGAGGUCACUUUUAUCCUCCGAGCUCCUAAAUCUGGUCCAUACUACUUCACGAUUUUUGCCCAGCUGCUGACGGGGGACAUUGGGGUGAAGAAUGUCUUCACUGCCUCUGCUGAGUAUAAAAUCAUCGCAGACACCACUGCAUCCGAUGCUGUACCUCUUCCCAACUGCUCCGACAGCAACUGGGGUCCGGGAAUCCCAGUGGACCAGCUCGGCCUUGAACCAUCAGAAAAAGACGCCAUCAUUACCACAGCAGACGGCAAAGUCCAGAUGGAGUUCAAGAAAAAUCGACCUGUCUACAUUCUGUGUAAACUCAGAAAGGCUGGAAUGAGAGACGAGGACCUUGAGAGAUGUGUGUCUGAUCGGGAACAGGGAGAAAAUAUCGUGGUUACUGCGAAUCUCCCUGUGGCAGGGGAAUAUGGUCUUGAAAUUUACGGCAAUGACCCAGCUAAAGACGGGGAUACCUACACACACAUCUGCCAAUACUUCGUCCACUAUGCCCCACCGCAGGACCAAGCCAAGGCUUUCUACCAGGAGGCCCCCAAGCGGUGCCAGGUACCGCCGGCACAACAAGCCUACAUCACCAAUGGCUACUCUCCAGAUAACGCCGGGCUGACCCAGAACAUGGCGAACAUGAAUGUAGGGGGGCCGGGGUAUGGAGGAGAGAUUGACCUGGACAGCCUUCCUCCCCCACCCCCCGAGCUUCUCCAGCAGCAGUACCUGUAUGGUACAGUCCCUGACAGCCGACAGCAGGGCGUAUACAACCAGUUUCCACACUCCCAUGGUCAGGCUUCCCACGGCUUCACCCCAGGGACAGGGAAUGUGCCUAUGCCUCCACCCCAGAAGGCAGGAAUUAGCAAUAUUCCACCCAGCAAACCUAUACAGGUUGAAAAGCGUUCCGUAGGACAGCAGCCUCCAACUGCACCAGCAACUUUUAAACUGGUUCCUGUCAGAACAGAGCAAGAAAUGGCUCCACCCCCAAUAGCCCCAUCCACAGCGGCCACCAGUCAAAAGCCUAGUCUGGAUCAGAUCGAUCGCCAGGUUCUCCACACUGUGGAUGAUCAUGCUAUACAGGUAUCUAAAAGUGAACAUCCCAGCUUCAGGGAAUUGGUUUGGGAUUUGAUUUUCUCCAAAGACAUCACAAAUGAAAUAGAAAAAGUGAGAGUCAUUUUCCGAUGGUUAGCCACCAAGAAUUUGAAGGAAAUCAACUUUGACCACGUGGAGAAAGGAAGUCCGGAGGAGGUGCUAUUGGGACUCAAGGAGGGGAAAACCACAUACGCAAUGGUGUUUGACACUAUGUGCAAUUUUGCUGGAUUACACUCAAGAAUCAUCAGUGGCUACGCUAAAGGUGCUGACUAUAAACCAGGCAUGACCUUCACCCCGGGAACAAACCAGCAUUCCUGGAACGCGGUGUACAUCUAUGGAACUUGGUGCCUGGUCGAUGCUCACUGGGCCGCCAGGAGGAUCAUCGGGAAGCCCACUUCACAGGAGGAAUUCCAUUACCAGUUGGAUGAGUACUUCUUCCUCCCCGAUCCUCACCAACUGAUCUACACCCACUUCCCUGACGACCAGCAAUGGCAGCUGCUGGAGAGGCCCAUUACACUGGAGGAAUUCGAGAACAUGCCUCACAUGAAACCUCAAUUUUUCAAGUAUGGACUAGAGUUUGUGAGUCAUCGUACCGCAGUGAUUUAUGGACGUGGUGAAAUGAAUGUUCGAUUGAGAUAUCCUGCUCACAAGCUGGCUGUGGCAUUUAACUUCACUGUGCAAUUUGAGAAUGGUGAUGAAGAGUACAAAAGUGUGAAGCUAAAUCGGUAUGGCAUGCAGGAAAGUGUUGGAGGCAUCGCUUCCUUCCGCCUAAGGCUCCCUGUAAAAGGAUCCUACAUUCUGUACAUCUACGCGAAAGAAGAUACGCCGGAAAACAAGGACAAUGUGUAUGCUCAAGUCUGUGAGUACAAGAUUGUCCAAGAGGAAGUGUCCGUUCCUGAGUCAACUCCCUUCCCGCCAUGUGCCUACCUUAACUGGGGUCCUGGCACGUCUUUCUACAGAUAUGGUCUUGCCACUUACCAGCAAACGGCUCAGAUCCUUACAAGGGACGGAAAGGCGGAGUUACAAAUCAGAAUUCCCAAGCAGAUGCAGUUCAUGGCUAAACUGAAACAGAAUGACCGAAAUGACGCCGACCUGGAAGGCUAUGUGAUUCACAGGAUUGUAGGAAACACUGUUUAUUUUAACAUCACUGCUCCAAGUCGCGGUGAAUUCGGACUAGAAAUUUAUGCCAAUGACCCAUCAACUGAAGGCUCAACGUUGUACCACGUGGCACAAUAUCUGGUGGAGUGUAACGAAGACGUGAAAACCGUACCACUGCCGAAGUUACCUGCUGGCUACCUCGGAGCUCAACCCAAAUUCAAUGACUUUGGUCUGAACACUUUAAGCCACCAUAUUCCUGUCAUUCACCUGGAAACAAACACAGUAGAAAUUCAGUUCUCCACUGCCCAAGAAAUGAGGGUUACAGCCAAUCUGAUCGAGGUGGAAUCAGACCAAGAGAUGCCAGAUUUUGUUUUUACCCAAACAAAGGGCUCAGUGGUCAGUUUCAUCGUAAACAUCCAGAAAAUCGGCUUCUACAAGCUGCAGCUGUACGCUAUUCCAAUCCACGACACCAGUCAGCAGUUACCGGGAGUCUACAACUAUCUGAUCAACUGCCAGAGGAAGACCAAGGAGAUAUAUCCGUUCCCCAAGCAGUACGCGCAGUGGAAAGAAGGCUGCUAUAUGUGGGAGCCUCUUGUUGUCCAUAAGGAAAUUGGAAAGCCAGUUGUCAAUUUCCACGUUCAGAUUCCUCGGGCUGAGGCUGUUGCGGUGGUGACGGAUCAGGAGUGGACCCACCUUCAAUCCUCGCAGCCAAACAUUUGGCAAGGGGAGGUAAAUCUUGCACCUUAUUACGGCAGAGGAAUCAAGUUCACGGUGAAUGCCAACUUUGGAGGAGAUAAAACAAGUUAUGCAACUCUGCUGGAAUACACAAUAUAGACUGAUAUACAUGUGCUGUAAUUCACUGAUCAAUAGUCAUUUUUUGAAUGUAUGUUACUCAAUUUUUCUUAGCAAGCAUAAUUGAUUAUAGUGUUACAACUGCUUAGCAAAAUAUUCUGUAUAAUUCUUCUCAGUUUUUAGAAAGCUUUUGAAAUUGUAUUUGCAUUUAUGUUUGUGUCUGUAUGGGGAGCUGUUUUGAUUCCAUUUUCCUUUUAAAAUAUGAACAAUUAAUGAAGGUUGAACCAUAGGAAAUAGAUUUGUCAAUUGUAUUGAUAAAUUAUCGUAUCUGUCAGCUAUGAUUUUAUGCAUUUAUUUAUUAGAUUUGUGUAUCAUUUUAUUUUGGGGGAUCAAUUUUUGUUUUUGUCACGACUUGUUGUAGAUGUUAAAGUCGCAUGUUUUUCUGACAUAUGUUUUGAGAAUGACUUUUAUCGCUUGUUAAACAAGUGCUUUAGUUAUACCUGUAGUGUGAUAUUCGUUACUGUAGUUCAUUGUCAUUAUUCUAAUGCUUUAAAGACCUAUAUUUGGGCAGUGGUGAAAACAAAAUACAUAUUGUACAGGAUAAAAUUUUGACUCGAGUAGACAAAUACUCUGUGUCAGGUUAAUUAAACUUCUCUGCGAUUAAUUUUUUCCCCUUCAAAUUGACACAUUGACUUUCUAAUUUCACAUGUUAAUGAGAUGGAUUGAAUAUGUGAUUUUUAAAAAUAAUAUACAGGUGUGUAUUGAUUUUUUGACAUCAUUUUCACCUGUUGAAGACAAUUUACCUGUUGUUUCAGAGUCAGAUAGAACACAUAGGUGUUUCACAUUUAUGAAAUAAGGCAUUUCACAUCUAUUGAAUAAUGAGGCCUUUCACAUCUAUUGAAUAAUAAGGCCUUUCACAUUUAUGAAAUAAGUGCAAUCUGGGUUUUGUUUUUUGCGAGUAGUCACUAUUUAACAGUUUCGUAUUUUUUGUCAAAAGAUCAUAAGAUGACAGACUCUAAUAGUGAUGUAAUUUUUUGCCCUAGUCAAGUAAUUGAUUCUGUCUUUCUGAUUCUGGCAUGGACCAACUUGUAUUUCAAAAGUUUAAAAUUCAGACAUGUUUUGUGUUUGAUUGGAAAGAAACCAGUUUAAGUUUUAUAUGCAUACUUUAUAGUAGUGUGGGUUCCUUAAUUUACCCAAGUACUUAAUAUGGUGAAAUGACUCUUAUACAUCAAAUCAUGUGAAUGUCGUCUGUUAACCAAAGACUUCUUGCAUGUAUUAGCAACAGAAAAUUAAUAGCGAGUUAUUUCAUUUCUCGAAAUUAUGUGAUAAAUUCCUCGUGUAUAUUUAGGAAUCUACAGUACAUUUUGAAAUAUUUAGCAGUAUAACACUGUACUGUUACAGAGAUAAAGCCUUGCCAGUAAAAUCAUUGGGAGAUUUUUAUAGAUGUACUGAUGCUGGGGCCAAGAUGUGUUCAAAUGUUAGAGAGGACAGUGAAUAUUAAAUGAUAUUGUUCAUGGCAUUGUAAAGUUUAAUAUCUAACUAUUACCUUCCCAGCCAACUGUCAUUGGUUUAAACAUAAAGUGGUAUCUCAUUAUGACAUCCCCCCAUCAUUUACUUACUACAAAACAGUAUAAAUAGCCUUUUCGUUUUUGUUUUUUUGUAUUACUGUUAUACAAUCUGUUGUAAGCUGUUUGUAGUAGUGCGCUAGGAAUGUUAAAUCUUUGAAAAAUCUGUCUUAUUUUAUAAAGCUUUAUAUUAUAGUUAUGAAUUUAGGCGCAAUAAAGCCAAGCUUAUCAACA